UUUUCACUUCGGAGAUGCCCCGGCAAGUCCAGGGUCCUGGAGGCAGGAAGAAAAAACAUGGAUGCCAGGGAGCUUGCCUUAGCUUCCCUGAUACCUGACACCAGCUUCCCUGGGGAGCUGCCUGUGGGUCAGCAGCAGAAGACGAAGAAGAACUGGUCCUGCUCACUCGUCGUGGCUGCUCUCGUGGGAGCCUUCGGAUCCUCCUUCCUGUACGGAUACAACCUCUCGGUGGUGAACGCGCCCACGCCGUAUGUCAAGGCCUUUUACAAUGAAACCUGGGUCAGAAGGCAUGGACAUCCCAUAGACCCGGACACCCUGACUCUGCUCUGGUCUGUGACAGUGUCCAUAUUCGCGAUUGGUGGCCUGGUGGGAACACUGAUGGUGAAGAUAAUCGGAAAGUUUCUUGGGAGGAAGUACAUGCUGCUGGUCAACAAUGGAUUUGCAAUUUCUUCAGCAUUGCUGAUGGCCUGCUCACUCCCCGCAGGAACCUUUGAGAUGCUCAUUGUGGGAAGGUUCAUCAUGGGCGUGGAUGGAGGCAUCGCCCUCAGUGCGCUCCCCAUGUACCUCAAUGAGAUCUCGCCCAAGGAGAUCCGGGGCUCUCUGGGCCAGGUGACUGCCAUCUUCAUCUGCAUUGGCGUGUUUUCUGGACAGCUGCUGGGCCUGCCUGAGCUGCUGGGAAAGGAGAGCACCUGGCCGUACCUGUUUGGAGUGAUCGUUGUCCCUGCCUUGGUCCAGCUGGCGAGCCUGCCAUUUCUCCCUGAGAGCCCACGCUACCUCCUCUUUGAAAAGCAUGACGAGGCAGGAGCCACGAAAGCCUUCCAAACAUUUCUGGGCAAAGCAGAUGUCUCCCGAGAGCUGGAGGAGGCCCUGGCUGAGAGCCGUGUGCAAAGGAACCUCUGCAUGGUGUCCGUGUUGGAGCUUCUGAGGGCGCCCUUUGUCCGCUGGCAGGUCAUCACUGUGGUCAUCACCAUGGCCAGCUACCAGCUAUGCGGACUCAAUGCGAUCUGGUUCUACACCAACAGCAUCUUUAGGAAAGCCGGGAUCCCUCGGGACAAGAUUCCGUACAUCACACUGAGCACAGGUGGAAUCGAGACGCUGGCUGCCAUCUUCUCUGGCCUGGUCAUUGAGCGCCUAGGACGGAGACCUCUCCUCAUUGGUGGCUUCGGGCUAAUGGCCCUCUUCUUUGGGACCCUCACCGUGACACUGACCCUGCAGGACCAAGCCCCCUGGAUCCCUUACCUAAGCAUUGUGUGCAUUUUGGCCAUCAUUGCAUCAUUCUGCAGCGGCCCAGGUGGGAUCCCAUUCAUCCUGACCGGAGAGUUCUUCCAGCAGUCAGAGAGGCCAGCAGCCUUUAUAAUUGCAGGCACAGUCAACUGGCUCUCCAACUUCGCUGUGGGGCUCCUUUUCCCCUUCAUCCAGAAAAGCCUGGACUCCUACUGCUUCCUCGUCUUUGCCGCAAUAUGUAUUGCAGCCGCUAUCUACUUUUAUUUUGUGCUCCCCGAGACCAAGAACAGAACCCAUGCAGAAAUCAGCCAGGCAUUCGCCAAGAGGAACAAGGCUCAACCCCGAGAGGUGAAGGCUGACUCAGCCAUGUCAGAGGAGAAGGCUAAUGGCCAGCCUGAGCCAGAUCCAUCCUCCACACUGGACAGCUGUGGCCAAAACAGAAUUGUCUGAAUGUGUUUUCUCACUAGGGUAACUUUCCAAAAACUUAGAAGGUUUGACUGAAGCCAUGUGAGACUCUUAUACUGGGGUAUUAGGAAGAAGCCUGUGGCAGUCGGACCUCACAGCUGUCUUUCCAAACUUCCUAGGUUUGGUACACUCAGCAUUCUAUACAGCCUUCUUCAUGACUAAACCCAUAGUUUUGAAAUAAAGUUGGGGAAAAGGGAUGAGGAUGCUUUCCCAAAGGGAAACCAUCUGGUCUGAUGGAUACUCAUUGUACCAUGAAUGGCAGCCGGGGGUUUGUAUCAGCUGUGUUGUUGCUAAGCAACGCUGACCUGCCCUCUGUCUCCAGCCUCCAGGCACAGGGACCUUGGUCCUGCAUGGAGGCUUUCAGACUUCAUAGGAAUAUUAUUUGUCCCACUAACAAAGAUAAGAUUUGCUUAUCUUUGGCUCUGCUUAGGAACAACCUCAUACCAUGCUGCUGAUCCUACCAAGGAAGGCUUCCAUCCCCAGCAUUCAAGGCUGCCAGGUCUGAGGCUAUCCUUAGUUCAGACUGUUACAAAGAGCACACAGAAGAUCAAUCAAUGAAUAAUAUGCUAAAGAACUUUCUGGUAACUGCAAGUUGAGCUCUGGACAUUGAGAAUGACUCUGAGACUAAACUUAGGUUUGAUGGGAAAGAACACUGGGAUUGAUUGCUGAUGCCUGCCGUGGAUGCAGGAAUGACAGCCCCAGUUCCUGGGACUUUUGCUUGUAAUGUGAAGGAUAUUCCUCUUCAGAGGUAACAGACUGCCUGGAAAGACACUCAUCAUCAUUCCUGGUUCUCAGGUGAAGGCUGGGGAAUCAUCUGCCUCCACAGUUGUUUAGGAAGUAGAGUAGGGUGUCUGGUCGAAGUAACUUGCAUCUUGCAAUCAUCAUCUGUGCUUCAUCAUUUGGUCAAAUCCCUCCUUCUGCCUCCAAAACAAAGCACUGAUGGCAAACAUCACUGAUAAGCAAAUGGCAGGCACUUAAACUGGCAUGUUUAAGUUUAGGAUGCCUUAGAGGGUGUGGUACCAGACAGGGGCUUCUCCAGAUGAGGCAACACUGGUGUUUUCUGACCAUUCUGGAUGAGGGUGGCCUUAACCAAAACCCGUGUUCUGAUUCUUCUCUCCCUGUCGAACACUCUUCAUCUGGGCCUCUCCUUGGGUGUGUUCCCAUCUCAUGGAACCAUGCUUUCCAGCAUUGGUUUAAACGUUGUGUGUAAGUAUAAAGAGAAAGUAACAUAUAGAUUUGACAAGCGCCUGUCACAAAAGGAGCCAAGUGAUUGAAAAACAGAAAUCCUAGCACUUGAAAGCUGGUGUUCCCUGGGAGAUUUUAAAUAUUCUGUCAAUGAAUAUUUAUUAGUCAAUAAAUACUCUGCCUUGGCUGAGUACUGAAGAUAUAUCUAUGCGCAAGGAAACACACUGCCCUGACCUACACACCCUCAUGGUCCGGCCAAGAGCUGGAAAAUCAAUGUGCCAAUGGUGAGCUAGAGUGCCAUCAGUAUGAGGGGUGGGGAGCAACAUGGUGUGGGGGCAUGUAACAGGAAUAGUUGGGGUCUUAGCUGAGAAAGAGAAAUGCCUUCCCAGACAAGGGACAGAGCAGAGCCAGGGCCAGUGUGACCAUGAGACCAGAGGCCAGCAAUUAAUUAUUUUUUGUGCAUUCUUAUAUUUGAAAUUAUAAUGAAGCCAUGGGAGGAAUAUUUUGAAGCAUAAAUCUCAUAAUAAAACUGAUCAUCUCACA